GAUGCAACUAUCACAUCUCAUACGUAUUAAUCUUUAUAUAUUAUGAUGUUCAUAUUAUCAUAAUAUUCAACUAAGGAUAUUUUAGACGUAACCUCUAUCUUUGUAGCAGCCUCAUAAUCAGAGCAUCCACCAGGAUUGAAGGUUACUAUGAAUGUCCUUGGUGAUGUGUUUGACCGUGCACUUGUUAUUCCCAAAGUGAACUGCUGCAUAAUGCUUCCAGAUGUUCCAGCCGAUGAUGCUUGGUGCUAUCCUUUUAAGGUUCCCUCUAAGCGUGUUAUUGUUGCCUCGCAGGUUCCAUUCGAGGAGGUGUUGCUUGAAGGAGAUGUUAUCUUUGAGAAUUGGCCGAUCUAAAAGUAGUUGAAAGCCAUUUUAAGGGAAAAUAUAUUAUUCUCCAAGGGAGCAGACUCACAGUGCUCGAGGGCUUGAUGAUGUAUUCUGCAAAUUCUUUUCUUAACUGUAGAGUCCGUAAGCCUUUUAGUUCUUAAUGUAGCUCCAUAUUUGUUUCUCAUAAAAUUAGCCCAUUUUCUGUCCUCAUUAUGAUAUUUCCACCAGAGCUUAAUAGAACAUGCCUUCUUCAUCUUGGUAAAUGACAAGAACAGUUCAGUAAAAUUAAGGAAAAUGG